AUGAGGUAUGUGUGCACUGUCCCCUCACUUCUCUUGUCUCUUCUCCUCUCUUCUUUUCCCCCCGAGAUCCACGCCAGUCCCUGUCUCCAGAAUCCGAACCCCGGUCUGGACACAGCGCAAAUGGCUGCCGCGAUUGAGAGUCAGCAGGCUGUUCCUCUGCCACCCGAUGGCCAUGACGGUUCAUCACCAUCCACCACCACUCGCAUCGUACCCAUUCCGACUCCGACCAUCCAAACAUCUGCCCCCUCGCCGGGAGAUCCCAUGGAGAUCACGACGCCUACCACCGCCGGCGGUCGAUCGCCCCCCCAUUCGCAAAACGGCACCAGCAUCAACGGUGGAAGCAAUAACAAUAGCAAUGGCAACGGCAGCGGCACCCCAGAAUCGAGCGCGAAGAACACGUCGCCGGGCGCAUCUCAACCUGCCGGCCACAUGAGCUCCAUGCCAGCCCCGCCGGCUGCUGCGGCGGCGGCUGUGCACCAGCCUAAGAUUGUGCAGACGGCCUUCAUCCACAAGCUUUACAACAUGCUGGAAGACCCAAGUAUACAGCACUUGAUAUCUUGGUCACCCACGGCCGAGAGCUUCGUCAUGUCUCCGUCGCCCGAUUUCUCUAAAGUUCUUGCGCAAUACUUCAAACACACCAACAUCUCCUCUUUUGUGCGACAGUUGAACAUGUAUGGCUUCCAUAAAGUGAGCGAUGCAUUCCACACAGGCAAUCCGGAUAUGGCACUCUGGGAGUUUAAGCACGGCAACGGGAACUUCAAGAGAGGUGACCUCGUGGGGCUACGAGAGAUCAAGCGCCGGGCGUCGCGUCACGCGCUCGUCCACCGCGACUAUCCGAACACCAAGCCCAGCACUUCGCAGCCAGGCACACCUGCUGAGCCCAUGCCGCCGCCACCUCCAGAAAGUGCCGAGACGAGGGGAGGCAGUGUCGAGCACGCUUUGUACGAUCUGAGCAUGCGCCUUCAACGAAGCGAGGAGAGUGCGCACUUCAUGCACAUCAAGCACCAGGCUGUCAUGGAAACAAUGACACGAUUGCUGCAGUUCAAUCAGGAACUUUCAAGAGCGGUUUUGGGUCUUGUUCCUGACCAGGGACAUCCCGUUUACCGAGACGGCAGGUUACAGCGCUUCCAAUGUAGAUCCGAGAUGCACCGUCAGGCUGACCUUCUCCGGUCUGUCGACGAGCCUGAGCCGCCAUUCUCUGCAAGCCGUUCGUACUUUUCCAACAUUGAGAACGCUCCCGUCUCUCCACGACAGAUGCCCCAAGACGACCCUAGGAGGACCAACCUGACGGUACCCUCGGCACGAGGUCAGGGGAACUUCCAUCGACCGCCAAUCCCCUCAAACCUGUCCAUCAGCACGCAACGACGCUACAGCUCCAUCGGAUCAAACACUGCGCCGCAAUCACCUUCUCCGCUGCGAGGAGCACCGCCACCUCCCCCGCAACCCCACCCGCUCGCGCAGGUUGCGCACUCGGAGAUUGAUCCGCCUCCGGGAAGUCUUGCUCGUCGGCAUACCUCGGCAGACAUCCGGGCUCCCGGAUGGCAAGGCAAUCCUCCAUUUCCGUCAUCCGGACCGCCAUCGACACAUUGGCCCUCGUCACCAAACCGCAUUGCGCCAGAGGAUCAGCGCAUCCGGGACUCACUUUCAACGUACUCUUUGCAGUCCGCCUCCCAGCAUCAUCCGUCAUCGAGGCCGGCAACACCACCGCCGCCUUCUAACUUUCACAACGGCGGUGGAGGUGGCAUUGGUGGCGGCUCGGAUUCCUUCGCUGGUUGGUCAUGGAACUCGGCGAGUCGCGGUAGUCUGGCUGUUAAAGACAGCUCGCUUCCUCCCACUCGCCGCGGAAGCAUGGCCCACAUAUUGAACCCCACGGACAUCGCUGAACGUGACGAUGAGGAUGAUGACCUCCGCGGCGACGAUGACAGGAAACGCAAACGGAUGCAGUGA